GAUAAGGAGUAACGAAUGGUUGAGACGUCAAUUGAUGAUAGAUAUGAUCAGUUCAAGGCGAAUGGUGGCUAUCAACUUUGAGGGAAGGAUGCAACGGGUGUUGUCAUGAUCACGAAGGUAUGACCCUAUAACACGACGAUAAAGGUGGUGUUUCCGCUCCAUCCACAAGGAAGGGACCUAAUUAAGUUCUCAUACUGCGGCGACUCCUCCUUCCACCUGAAUCAUCUCCGCGUGCACUAUCUUGGCGACGACAAGUUCGUCUUCUUUCCCUGAGGUCCCCGCACGACAACUCUCAACAUCCAGGUUAGUUUUCGCAGUAGAUUUGUUUCCCCUACUCUCUUUAGCCAGCUCCCCUGCCUCUCGCCCUCCUUGGUUUCCUGCUCCUUCUCGAAAGGGAAAGAGGUUGGGUGAGGUGUGUUUUCGGAUGGGUUGUGAUUGUACUGUAAUCUUAUUUAGGAGUAGCAACUGCUAACUGUACAGUAGCCGCUUCACAGUAGUAGAGUGACAGACAAGCAAAGAUUAAUGUUGUAGCUUGUUUGAAUGAGAUGAUAUGCUUGCCGUAACUGUAUCCAGUAUCCACCCUUGGAAACCACGUGAAGCAACCUGCCGGGAAGGAAUAAAUGAUUACCAGCUAUCGAUAGAGAUAGAACCCCCAAUAUUGGAGAUUGGUCCUUAUUUAAUUUUGAGCUUCCUUUACUUUCUUUUUGUUUUGAUACACCUUCCAAGUGAUGAAUUUAGAUGUUCCCAGGACUGAUUAUGCAUAAGUAGAAUUAAUCAGAUACAUUAUGAACAAUAGGAACCAAUUCAGUUACACUGCAGAAAGUUGCAGACUUGCUGCCUACGCCAUAGAUUAAUCAUCAAAUGAGGUUUAUCUUCUCUUAAACGGCCUUUUCCCCAUUGCUGUCUUUAUGAAGAUGAAUCGAUUGUUGAUGCCUCAACGAUUCAGAAGAAAAAGGAAGUAGGCCAACUAUGUGCAAGGAUAUUUGGGACAUACCUCCGGGUCAAAAGAUUUUCGUGGCCAUGAAGGAUGAUGGACAACCAGUGGGAGAUGGUCAAAAUAAGCUAGCUAACUUCUUGGGUGUUAGGCCAAGUCCAUUGCUAGUCUCUAAAAACGUACUUAUGAUCAUCUUAAUACAAUUUUUUUCAUGUUAAUUUUUGUAUAGUUCGUCAUCAUUUUUAAAUACAAAUUUUCCGGUAGAAAAUUUUAUACUUUUGAGACCAAAUUUUUUUGACAAAAAAUGAUUGACCUAAUUUGGGUUUACACACAACACUUGAAAAUUAUUGAUCUAAUUAAACCCCUAACUAAUCCCCUAAUUAAACCCCAAUUAACCCCUAAAAUCUUAAAAAGGAAAAUAAAAGCCAUGUGGCGGGCUUUGGGGAGUCUCUAUAUUUGGGAGAACCCCCAUUUCCACCCCCAAAUUUGGGGAUCCUUUUGCAGAUCUCUCCCAAAUAUAGACACUCCAUUGGAGCCAAAUUUUCUCCAAAUGUAAAGACUCCCCCAUUUAUAGAGGCUCCAUUAGAGUUAGCCUUAUAGCUAGAAAUGGUGCAUGAGCCCUUCUAGUUUGCUUUAUAGCACCCAUGCUAUAAAAAGCCAAAAGAAAAAAAAGUUACCUAUUGGGGAGGUAAACUCAUUAAGUGAUUGAUCCCUCAUCAUUAAUGACAAUCUUGCAAAUAAUGAAUCAAUCUAUGAAAGUGUAGGUACAAAUUACAGUUGUACCAUACAUGUAGGUUUCAGUUGUACCAUUGAAGAAUUUGUUUCACAAAGUGUCGGUACAACUGAAAAUUGUACAUAGCGUGUAGGUACAAUUUUAGGUUGUACCAUAGAGAGAUUUUUUUAAAGUGUAGGUACAACUUUAAGUUGUACCACAACGUUGAGGUACAAGUUUGGGUUGUACCAUAGAGGUGUUUUUUGGAAAGUGUAGGUACAACUGUGUAUCAUAGAGUAUAGGUAGAAAUUUGGGCAGUACCAUGGAGGGAUGGGUUCGAAAGUGUAGGUACAACAUAAAGUUGUACCAUAAUGUAUGGUACAACUUUAAGUUGUACCAUAAAGGGAUUUGUUCGAAAUUGUAAGUACAACAAAAAGUUAACCAUAGUGUAUAGGUACAACUCUAGAAAGUGUAGGUACAACUUAAACUUGUACCAUAACGUAUAGGUACAAGUUUUGGUUAUACCAUAGAAGGAUUUGUUAGAAAGUGUACCAAAUAAAAAAGCGUAUACAUGAUAUUUGACAGAACAGAAGCGUGCAAUCGAUAAUUCAGAUCAAACAUAAACAAACACGAAUUUAACGUGGUUCACUAACACAAUGUCUGCUAGUUAAUCCACGGACACGGGAUAACAAAUUUCACUGAUUUUGAGGAGAGUACAUGUUACAAACCAAAUUCCAAACAGACAAACUAAACAAACUAACCCGACUGAACUUGACUACAGAUUAGGGUGGUGAAGAGUAUUUAUAGAGGUCUUCUCCUAAUCCCAAACAUAGAACCACACAUCUUUUCCUAACCUACAAGGAAAAGGCAAAACAAAGCUCAAACACAAACUCAAACAAAAUAGGCCCAAAACACAAAACAAUUCAAAAUCAAAUUGAAGUCAUAUCCUAACAAUAUUUAUGUUUAUACUACAGAGGUUUUAUAUGUGCAACUAAAUUCAUUUGUUUACAUCUACAGGUGUAGAAUAAGAGUGGUAGUCUUACUGAUUCAAUGUUGCAUCCCUCUCCAUCGGUACCAAAUUCACUUUUCAUAUGAAGAUCAAUGGGAAUGUCAAAUGUUGGGAGAAUGCACAUUUCUGAAGUAAGAAUAGUUAAUAAUUGUCCUUGGUCCUUAUUUUUCUGGUUUCCCGUGAAAACCAAACCAAAUACAUCAUGCACUUUCUUCAUACAUUUUGCAGAAUUCGAUUUCACCAAUAAAUAAUGAGUUUGAUAAUCUUGAUGGUGUAUCUAAUCAGUCGGAUCCUUGUAGCCAGGUAAUAUAUGUUGUCUUUUUAUUUAUUUCUUACUUGCUUGGUCAAAAGUUUUGCAGCCUACACUUAUAUCAUAAUUUUUUCAAAUACAAGACUUAACAUAUGUGUUAUUGAAGAGUUUAUGGAGUCCUGGCGUUGAUGUGGCUAGAGCAGGUUUGUGCAGCAAAGAUCCCAAAAAAAAAAAAAAAUAGGUAGGCGGGAGAGAACCAGGGGUUGGAUUUGUUGAGUAAUUAUCAUAGUACCAAACAUGAGUGAUGAGCCAUUAAUUCGACCAUAUGGAAGUUAUUAGUUUAUUGGAGAUGUGGUAGCGCAAAGUAUUGCUUGGCCAUCUAAUUUUGGAAGUCAAUUCAUCUACUAUUGUUUAAUCAUUGUUACAUUUUAUUCAAAGUAUUGCUAACUUAUAUAAAAACUUUGUAUUUAUUACAGAUUGAACCAGUUUGAAAACUUAACAUGCACUAGUUUUGGUGAUGAUGUUGAAAUUAAUUUCCGAUUGCAGAAGAAAAUCAAGAUCGAGGCGUUCCAAAUGGAACCAAUCAAGCCAUAGACGAGAGAAUUCUCAACUUGGAGCGGUGGAUAGUAACCAGAGAGCACAACCGAGUACAUCGACAUCACGAAUUUCGUUAUCACGGUGGACGACCACGAGAAACAUGGCAUAAAAAUACAGUGGUUGACUUGCGAGAAAUCAAGCUUUCAAUUCCUUUGUUUCAAAGGUUCUAACAAGGCAUCUACCUACCUGGAUUAGGAGAGAAAUAUUAUUCUUUUCUUUUGGUGGGGUAAUUACACAUAACCACAAAAAUCAUGUUAGCCACAUACGAAUCACAGACUAUGCAGCUACGUGGAAGGAGCAAGUACAACUUAGAAGACGAAGGAACUUGCUGCAUGAUGUGGCAAGCUAGGCCAAAUUUAGAGGUCUUAUGAGAGAGGUUUGUUUCAGGAUACUAUCAAAGAUAACUCUUUGAUUCAUUGCAAGGGAUUUGAAAGGGAUCACAUUUUGUUGAUGAGUAUUUCAGGGAGCUUGAACUGCUCUCGAUGUGGGAAGACAUGAGAGAGGAUAAAUAAGCCACAAUUUUUUCGAGUUUUACAUGGCCUCAAUGGCAAAUUAGACACAAAGUUGAGCUUCGUCAGGUUGUGGAGUUGGAGGAAGUGAUUCACCUCGCUAUUAAGGUGGAGAAGCAGCUGAAAGUGAGCCCUGGAAGUAGGUACACACCUUCCUCCAACCCUGUUUUAGAAAACAUUGCUGAGACCAAUUUGACCCAUCUCGGGAUGGAAGGAGACAAGCCAUCUAUAAGGAACACUACUCUAAGCAAUCAAGCACGCUCCGAAGGAUCAACCGGAAGCAUUCAAUGGUUCAAAUACUUGGGACGAGGUAACAAAGCAAAUCAAUGCUGCAACAGGAAGGCUCUAGUUUGGCGAGAUGGUGAAUACCUCUAUAAGGAAGAUCAAGAAGAAGAAGAGAAGUCCUAGGAAGCUGAAGUCGAUUCAGACUCUGAUAUUGAUGAACACAUUGCUGCCAAGAUCCCUCAAGGAGAGAAGUUUCUUGGAGUAAAUCUUUGAGUGCUCACCAUUGAAGCUUUUUCAGAAUCGGAACAACGUGACAACUUAUUUCACUCAUGUUGUCUAGUUGAUGGGAAAGUGAUGUAUCUGAUUGUUGAUGGAGAUAGCUGCACUAAUGUCAUCAGUCUAGAGGCAGUAAGGAAGCUUGAAUUGAGAACAACAAAGUACCUACAGCCUU